GAGAGACCAGCACCGAGCCAAACGCAGUGUUUUGGUCGUCGGAAGUACGCCGAAGUUGUUGUUGAGACAUUCUCCGAAGAGAUCCUCAGCAACAAGCCAACACCUGCAUCCGCGUCGUCUGCAUCUUCAACAACAGUGCCAUAUCGCGAUAUCGCCGGUAGCGAACCACCUCAAGGAUGCUCAGUACAACCGACCCCGUCUGGCUCGUCGAUUUCUUCAUCCAAAACCGCUAGUGAACCAUCAUUGGGUCCGCAUGAUAUCUGAGUAA